AUGUACAUCACCAGCACUGUCAACGCCAAGGGCACGCGCCUGGCGAAGCCCGUCCUGUGCCUGGGCCUCCUGUGCCUGGCCUUCCUCACCGGCCUCAACCGCGUGGCCGAGCACCGCAACCACUGGGCCGACGUGAUCGCCGGCUUCCUGGUCGGCAUCUCGAUCGCCGUGUUCCUGGUGGUGUGCGUGGUGAACAGCUUCCGAGGAAGGCACCCCGAGAGCGAGCACCUGCCCGGGGCGGCCCUGGCCCACGCGCGGACCAUCAGCAUCCCGCGGGCCGAGAGCCCCCUGGAGAAGGUGUCCCGCGGCCAGCCUGCGGAGGGCGGCGACGAGCACGCGCAGGGGAGGCCCUUCAAGGACUGCCUGGCUCGGCUCUUCGGCUGGCUCCUGGAGAUGGGCUGCAGGGAGCACCUCCGAUUAAGAACCACAUCACCGCCUUCGCGGAAGUCACAUGAUGCCGAGGCCGCCGGGCCGUCCCUGCACUGGACGGCGUCCCUCUUCACCGUCCACUCCUAG